UUAGGUUAGAACUCAUAACCUACAACUUGUUAGUUAGAUAACCUAAAAUUAUUAAAGAGUAUCAACAAUAUUAUUAACAUUUUUAGACAGAGAAGUGAAAUUUGAAUAACAAAAAUGAGAUAUACAGCACAUCUAUUAAAAUCUGUGGCAAGACCUGUGCCUCAGGAACCUGUUCCUUUUGAACAAAUAAUGCCAUUAAAACUUAAGGCAACUAUAUCCGGAAAAGGGGGAAGAGGCUCGGAAGUAUGUUGUAUACAAGAGAUGUCAGUUAUGUUGGCUUGUUUAAAGAAAAAUGACUUCUCAGAACAAUUGUGUCCGAAGGAAAUUCAAGCAUUCAAAAAGUGUUAUGUGACAAAUUUGGAAGCGAAAAAGGUUAGAGAAGAGAAAGAAUCCAAGGGUAUUUUGACGCCUGGUGAGAAGAAUUUGUCUCAUAAACAAGUAAAUAUACUGUUAAAGAAAUAUCCAAAUUUAAAAUAGAUCACUCUUAUGUAUAUUUGUUAGUCUGUUGAAUAAAUUAUGUUUAUCAAA